AUGGUUCCUGUGUCUCUCCAGUCACACUCCAGUGUCAGCCAACCCAAGGAUUUCACUCGUGUCCUGCCAUUCCAGCUGUCCAUGUCCAUCCUGGGGCUUUUGGAUCAAAAAUCCCUGGAUGCCUGUUCUUCUGUGAAUGGUCACUGGGAAUUCCUGGUCAGGCAGGUCCGGGAGGACCAGGAGUGUCGGAGCACAGUACAGAAGAACCUUCUGCAGCUACAGGAGUUGUGUCCUAGAAAAGCCAUUCCAAACUAUGCCAAAAGAGUCAAUGUGCAAAUUCCCCAGUUAAAUGAUGAGGGUGAGGUCAUUGAAGUGAAGGACAAGGAGCAGACCAAGGGACGUAAAUUGAAGAUGGAGGAUUUCAGUCUGCACAAAGCCUAUCGGGAACUAAAAACUCACAAGAUUGAGCUGGAAGAGAGGAAUGUCUUCUGUGGCCCCUACAAGACCCAUGUCCUCAUAAAGCAAUCAGACAGCACAAGGAGAACCCAUUUCAGUGGUGGGGACUGGGUGGCUGCUGCCUCUGCCAACAGAAGAGUGAGGCUGCUGCGUGUGCCAGGAGGGAAGGAAGUGCCUCUGCUGCUGCACGGCCACGCUGGCCCCAUCAGGGCUCUGUGCCUCCGUGAGGACCAAGGGCUCCUGCUCAGCAGCACCAGAUCUGACCUCAGCAUCAGGUGCUGGAAUAUUCACAGUGGUGCCUGUGUGAGAACCUUCACGGGUCACUAUGCAACAAUCACCUGCCUGCAUUGCCAUGAGGAGCACUUUGUGUCGGGAGCUGGGGAUGGGAUGGUGAAAGUGUGGAGCCUGAAGAGUGGGAAGUGUCUCAGGACUCUGAUUCACAGCAGCCCUGUGUGGGCAGUGAGGAUGGAUGGGACCCACGUGGUCAGUGGGGAUCACCGAGGGCUGGUGAAGGUCUGGAGUGCUGAGACAGGGGUUCUGAUCAAGACAUUAGAGAGGCACCAAGGCCCAGUUCUCUGCUUGUCCUUUGACCAGUGGCACCUUGUCACAGGGAGCAGUGAUGGAUAUGCCCUGGGAUGGAGCAUGUUGGGAAAAUGUAGGAGAUGCCUGAUAGCUUUCUUCCAUCCCAAGGAAGUCCUGUCCCUGGAGUUCCUGUACCUCAGAGUCAUCAGUGGCUGUGCUGAUGGACACAUUCGGAUAUUUAGCUUCCUGACUGGAGCCUGCCUCAAAAUGUUGGUGCCCAGCAGCAGCAGGGACCCUGUGUCUGCUCUCUAUGUUGCAGGAAACAGGGUGGUGACCAACUCCCCCAGCAGGCUGCUGCUGCUCCAGUUCGAGGAUGUGGUGUGGGACUAUUCCCUACCCGCUGACAGAGAGGUGCUGAAGAAGGAGAAGAGGUCUCGGAAGGAGAAGCACCAGGGCACCAGUGCAGAACAGCAGCGAGCUCAGGACAAGUCCCCGAGAUUGCGCCCACCACCAAAGAGCCAUGGAAGACCCAAAAGUGGUGAAGCUGAACAGGGCUCUGCUCCCCCUGCACCUGAAGAGGCAGAAGCCCCUUUGGAGCAUGGGCUUCCCCAGAGAGACCCAAGUUGUCCAAUGUCCCCUGACAAGUUCUUCCUAACAGUCAGCACCUUGCAGAGCUCCUGCAAGACGGCCCCCAUCAGCCCCAGCCCUGAGCUCUCUGCAAAAGCCAGGGAAGCAGAGCAGCAGCACCCUGGGAAGGUACCAAUGUCCAAAAUGCCCUUGCAGCACAAGGAGGAGCAGGCAGCCCAGCUCCAGCGUGCCAGGCUGCACAGCAACUCUCUGAGCAUGACCAAAACCUCUGCACCCUUUGAAACCAAAAUGCUGCAGCUCAGGCUGAGGAACUCUUUGCACAGAUCCACUGGGAAAUCCUCCAUCCCUGCUCCCUGUGUUGUACGUCCCAAGUUCUUUGGCUCUCUGAGAGAAAGGAAAACUCCCAGUGGCCAUGGGAAAGAUGCUGCUGGCCCCAAAGAUGGGGAUCAGCUCAUUGAUCUCUGCACAGUUUCUUCAGAGCUAGUCCAACCAACACCUGGCAUGGCUGCACAGGUGAGGAAUGAAGAUCCCAGGAGAAUAAAGCCCUUCUGCCCCUACAGUUCCCGAAGGGACAGUGGGCUCAGGCUGCUGACAGCAGAGCAGGAGGUGCGUGAAGCAGCUGUGGCAGCUCAGCAACAGGCACAACAGGCAAAGCCCACAGAAGAUAAAGAAAGAGCCAGAAGGAAAGCCUGGCUAAGGAAAAUUAAAGGCCUACCUGUGGAUUCUUUUACUGGGGAGAGGAAAACACAUGCUCCAGAACUUGGGCAUAACACAUUUAUCUGA